GUGACUGACGGAGGGUUACGUUUUCCAAGAACUGCUCGCCAGGGAGCCCGUCUGCAGCCACCAUGUCGGGCAGGAACAACAACAAGCUGCCCAGCAACCUGCCGCAGUUACAGAACCUGAUCAAGCGCGACCCGCCGGCCUACGUCGAGGAGUUCCUCCAGCAGUAUAAUCACUAUAAAUCCAAUAUGGAGAUUUUCAAGUUACAGCCAAAUAAACCCAGCAAAGAUCUGGCAGAGCUGGUGAUGUUCAUGGCACAGAUAGGCCACUGCUACCCGGAGCAUCUCAGUAACUUCCCGCAGGAGCUGAAGGAGCUGCUCUCCUACAAUCACACUGUCUUGGACCCGGAUCUCCGAAUGACAUUUUGCAAAGCAUUGAUCUUGCUGAGAAAUAAAAAUCUCAUCAAUCCAUCAAGUUUGCUAGAGCUCUUCUUCGAGCUUCUGCGAUGCCAUGACAAGCUCCUGCGGAAGACUCUGUACACACAUAUUGUGACUGACAUCAAGAACAUAAACGCCAAACACAAGAACAAUAAAGUGAAUGUGGUGCUGCAGAAUUUCAUGUACACAAUGCUGAGAGACAGCAACGCCACCGCAGCCAAGAUGUCUUUGGAUGUGAUGAUCGAACUCUACAGAAGGAACAUCUGGAAUGAUGCUAAAACUGUCAAUGUUAUCACAACCGCCUGUUUCUCCAAGAUCACCAAGAUACUAGUUGCUGCUUUGACAUUCUUUCUCGGCAAAGAUGAGGAAGAGAAACAGGACAGUGACUCAGAAUCCGAGGAUGAAGGACCUACAGCGAGGGACCUGCUGGUGCAGUACGCCACAGGGAAGAAGGGCUCCAAAAACAAGAAGAAGUUGGAAAAGGCGAUGAAAGUGCUAAGGAAACAAAAGAAGAAGAAGAAACCAGAAGUGUUUAACUUUUCAGCUAUUCAUUUGAUUCAUGAUCCCCAAGACUUUGCAGAAAAGCUUCUGAAGCAGCUAGAGAGCUGUAAGGAGAGAUUUGAAGUGAAAAUGAUGCUCAUGAACCUCAUCUCCAGAUUGGUGGGGAUUCACGAGCUUUUCCUCUUCAACUUCUACCCUUUUAUGCAAAGGUUUCUGCAGCCCCACCAGAGAGAAGUCACGAAGAUCCUUCUGUUCGCUGCACAAGCCUCUCAUCACCUGGUGCCACCAGAGAUUAUUCAAUCAUUGCUCAUGACGGUGGCCAACAAUUUCGUUACUGACAAGAACUCUGGGGAAGUCAUGACCGUAGGGAUCAAUGCUAUAAAAGAGAUAACAGCUCGGUGUCCUUUGGCCAUGACUGAAGAACUUCUCCAGGACCUGGCUCAGUAUAAGACACACAAAGAUAAGAACGUAAUGAUGUCUGCCAGAACUCUGAUUCAUCUCUUCCGGACCCUGAACCCUCAGAUGCUUCAGAAGAAGUUCCGGGGUAAACCUACUGAAGCCUCCAUUGAAGCAAGAAUACAAGAAUAUGGAGAGUUAGAUGCUAAAGAUUACAUUCCAGGAGCAGAGGUUCUAGAGAUUGAGAAAGAAGAGGAUACAGAAAAUGACGAAGAUGGAUGGGAAAGCGCCAGUCUCAGCGGGGAGGAGGAAGAUGGAGAAUGGGUUGAUGUGCACCACUCUUCCGAUGAAGAGCAGCAAGAAAUUGCCAAGAAGCUGGACAGCAUGCCCAUGGAGGAACGGAAAGCCAAAGCUGCAGCCAUCAGCACGAGUCGGGUUUUAACUCAGGAUGACUUCCAGAAAAUCCGCAUGGCCCAGAUGAAGAAAGAAAUGGAUGCUGCCCCCGGGAAAGCCCAGAAAAGGAAAUACGUUGAAAUCGACAGUGAUGAGGAGUCCAGGGGUGAAUUGCUCUCUCUGCGCGACAUUGAACGCCUUCAUAAAAAGCCCAAGUCUGACAAGGAGACAAGACUGGCAACUGCAAUGGCAGGAAGGACAGACCGAAAGGAAUUUGUGAGGAAGAAAACCAAAAUAAAUCCAUUUUCCAGUUCUACAAAUAAAGAGAAGAAAAAACAGAAGAACUUUAUGAUGAUGCGAUAUAGCCAGAACGUCCGGUCAAAAACCAAGCGCUCCUUCCGGGAAAAGCAGCUGGCACUACGAGAUGCACUUUUGAAGAAGAGGAAAAGAAUGAAGUAACUGAGCAGCGAGUUAUCCACCCACCUCCUGCCAAACGCUGUGUGCAUCGACAUGCCGAAAAUUAGCAAACCUUUGCUUACAUUAAAAAGCCAAGAAACACUAUAUUUUGGAAACCACAGUAACAUUUGUAGCAAUUUGGUAUUUUUAAUUUGGAGAUGGGGCUGGUGAGAAUUUGAAAUGUAAAUAGUCGUGACGUUAAAAUCUCUUAUCUAACUCCCAAGUGCCUCCUGAUUGCUGCUGCAUACAUAGCUGAGUGAGCCAGACCACCCCUUGCUGAGGGCAGGUGUACAUACUGUGUUUAUAGUGAGCUGUAAAUAGUCCCUAUUCCUGGUCAUUCGGGCUCCUGACUAACUGCAGGGAUGGGAAUUGUACAUGCUCUUCAAACAGGACAGUGUUACAAGAGUAAGAAGGUCUUGCUUGUACAGGCUUGAACAGGCUCCUGCUGUACAGACUAGGUACACAAUUGAGUGAUACUUUUUUUGUUAUGUAAAGAAUUUUGGCUAAGAUCUCAUUUUUUAAAUCUCCUUAAGUCUAAAUAGUGAUUUUGAAAUGUCUAUCAGGGUGCGGUGGCACACACCCAUAAUCCCAGCAUUUCAGAAGCUAAGGCAGGAGGCUCAUUGGUUUAGAACCAGCUUGGGGAAUACUGGGUUAUCGGGGCAGCCUGUGCUGCAUAGUGAAACCCAAUCCAGAAACACAGACAGUCUUAGAACUUUCCAUUCCUGUUCUCUGCUGUCUGCUGCUGGGGAUUUGUUGUUGUUUGGCUGUGCUGGGGAUCAGCCCCAGGGCCUCGUGUUUCUCACUAAGUGGACUCUGCCUCUGAGCUUCAGGUCCAGCCCUGAGUGCCUGUCUACUCUUCACAUUGGUUUGAUCAGUCCCCUUCAUUCUCAGCUCAGCCCAUUGCUUGCCUUGUUCGAAACCAGCACUUAACA